GGGGGGGGGGGGGUAUCGUAGAAGACAGAGAGAGACUGAGUGUGAGAGAGACUCGAGGCGUGUGUCGAUCAAGCGUAGCUGGAGCUUGUACGGACGGUAUGUGGCACUUGGUAGAUGGGAUUUGAAGUCUGCGAACCACGGGUUAGCGUACUGUGAUUGGCCAUAGCUCCUGUGAGCAGCUGCAGCAAACCCAAUGAGCGGGAGGGUUGGGAUGAACGAGAGGAAUGGCCGUAGACCGACUGUGGCAUGUGGCCAGGAUUAGGAUGGACCGGGGCUCAUCUAACGGCAUGGAGGGGUGCGGUGGUAGUCUGUGCAAUCGGGAUACAAGCGGCACGCUCCAGUGUCACUGGAUCUGGCUUGGGAUACUACCGACCGGCUGAACCCUUGCAUGCGUCCGUCCGCACCCCCUCAACUACCAAAGACCUUGCACAAGACCUGUCAGGCAAUGUACAAGUCUGAAUGUGCACGAGGGAUACCCCAGGCUAAACCAACCCGUCAUCCAAUACAAACCCUGUGUGCUCGUGCCUUUUGAAAUCGGGGGGGGUUUG